ACAAACGUUUCUCACCGGUGGUAUUUCUCUGUUGCACACAUUUGGAAAGUGCUGCGCCAGGAGUACUCCACAAAGCUCUCAGCAUUACAGGCACUUUAAUUACUUUUUGUCCUUCCUGUCUGGUGAAGUCAACUGUGAUGGCCAAGCUCAAUGGCUUUGAGUUCUGGAAGAAGACCCUGAAAGAAGCACGCUUUGUGGUGGCCCCCAUGGUGGACCAGAGCGAGCUGGCCUGGCGCCUGCUGAGCCGCAGGCAUGGCGCUCAGCUUUGCUACACCCCCAUGCUGCAUGCUCAGGUGUUUGUUCGAGACGCCAACUACAGGAGAGAGAACCUCUUUAAUGAGGUGUGUGAGGAGGACAGACCUCUCAUCACACAGUUUUGUGCCAAUGAUCCAGAAGUGUUCAUUCAGGCGGCUCUGCUGGCCCAGGCCUACUGCGAUGCCAUCGACCUCAACCUGGGCUGUCCGCAGAUGAUCGCCAAGAGAGGGCACUAUGGAGUUUUCUUACAAGACGAGUGGGAGCUCUUACAGAAAAUGGUCAGGUUAGCCAAUGAAAAGCUCUCGGUGCCCAUCACAUGCAAGAUCCGUGUGUUCGAGGAGAUGGAGAAGACGGUCCGCUACGCCCAGAUGCUGGAGAAAGCUGGCUGUCAGCUGCUGACAGUGCAUGGCAGAACCAAAGACCAGAAAGGAGCCCUGACAGGCAUCGCGAGCUGGGAGCACAUCAUGGCAGUACGGAAGGCCGUAAAUAUUCCAGUGUUUGCGAAUGGCAACAUUCAGCACCUGAGUGAUGUAGAGCGUUGCAUUCAGGAGACGGGAGUGCAGGGAGUCAUGAGUGCAGAGGGGAACCUCCACAACCCAGCACUGUUUGAAGGCUGCAGCCCCCCAGUGUGGGAGAUGGCUGAGGAAUAUCUAGAGGUGGUGAAGCAGCACCCCCCCUGCACUCUGUCCUACGUACGAGCCCACCUCUUCAAGCUCUGGCACCACACGCUACAGAUCCACCAGGACCUGAGAGAAGACUUGGCCAAAGUGAAGACCAUCGACGGUUUGGCCAAUGUCAGCACACAGCUGAGGCUCCGUUGCCAGGAGGAGAUGGCCAAAGGACAGGGAGUGGAACAGAAGGAGAGCAGUCUUCCCUUCCCCCACUGGAUAUGCCAGCCGUAUAUCAGACCAGCGCCCAAGGAGCCUGUUGCCAACGGUAACACGCGGGGUUCAGAGGUGAAGAAGACGGUGUGUCAGAAGAGGGCGCUGGAGGACUCUGAUGGAACAGCUGACCCACUCUCCAAAAACAAGCAGAAGAAGAGAUCCCGAAACCCCAACAAGAACUUCUGUCCCGAGGAAAAACCCAAGUACAUCAAGUGUGAAGAGUGUGGGAAUCCAAAGGGGAAUAAAUGUGUCUUCAACCUGUGUCGAGGCUGCUGUAAGAAGAAGGCCUACAAGGAGGUGGCAGACUGUCCAAGCCAUGGACUGAGGUUCAAGACCAAGGCAGAGAAACUGAAAGCUGAGGAGGACAGGAAGGAGGACGGGAAGGAGGACGAGGGGAUGGACGGGAGGAAGGAGGAGAGGAAGGACGGGAUGGACGAGAGGAAAGAGAGGAAGGAGGAGAGGAAGGACGGGAUGGACGGGAGGAAGGAGGAGAGGAAGGACGGAAGGAAGCAAGAGGGGAAGGAGGAGAGGAAGAAUGGCCCUGUGACAGAGACGGAGAGCAGCAGCAGCAGCAGCAGCAGCAGCUCUCCUCAGCCUCCCUCAGAGCUGCAGGUGCAGCCACUAUGAGCAGGACUCGGCUGUCACAUGUCAGACCCACCUGGAGGGGCGGGGGGGGAAACGUAUACAGGUAGCCAGUGAUCAGUCAGGACAUACAACCUCAACCAAGAAGAGACUGAGGGAUGGAUGGACACUGAGCAGCCACCAAAACUAAAAAGUAACACACUAUUUUUAUGUAGAACAACCAUUAUCUCGGGAUUUUCUUUCUUUUUUUGGCGUGACAGUUGGGAAGAGUUUAACAAUGCAUCUCUAAUUGUUUUAUUUCUAAGGUUUUAUGAGCAGAAUGUCUGACGUUCUUUUAGCCAAAUGUGUUACUGAGCCACCAAAGUUAAAGGACUUUAAUUUUCAACUUUAAAUGAUCAAAUUGGUUAACCUAAAGGUUUUCCUGUUGUGCAUUGACUUGUGUAUGUGCCUUUUCGGUGAGAAGCACCACUGCCUGUCCACGUGUGAACAUGAAAAAGGGAGAACGACACAAUCCGUUUAAAAGUGCUACCUGAGUCUGUGUGCAUGCAGUGUCAGAAGAAGCCAAGGUAGAUGAGAUGUACAUCAGUCAUUUCUCUGUGUUCAGCCUCGCUCCACACAAAUGUUAGAAGCCAAUACUUCUUGCUGACGAUCUUUACUUUUGAUGGAGGCUAGCUGUUUCCUGAGAUUGCUGUUGUUGUGCUAAGCUAGCCUUACAAGCCUCUCUACUGAAGACACAGACGGGUCAUUGCUAUCUGGUUUAAAGCUUCUGGAGACUCAUUUAUAUCUGUGACGUUAAAUAUUUCUGAGAAAAAGUCAAAGUUGGUGUUAAAAUCCUCUUUAAGAAUUACUGCAUUUCUUAAUCACAUACAUUACAAACUCAACACUCACAAGCUGCACUGCUUCUUCAGACGUGCGUGCGUGAUUUGAUGUUGAUAAUUCUGAUUGGUGCAGGCAUGUAGUUGACGUCACAGUUUUUCAGUUUAACCCCACAUACUUCACAACAGUGAGAAGUGCACGCAAGACAAAAACAGGAAGGAAAGUGGUGUUGGGGCCUUUAAGUGAGACCUCAAACUCGUGUUUGACCCAAAAUGUCCUUCAUCAAUAAACUGUUGUCAUUUUAAAGA